AUGGCCGACUUUGCGUGCAACGACAACGCCUUCGGGCCUAUGGCGAGUGUAAAUUGUUGGCGAGGGCUUGAUUUCACACUCUUCUUUGAACAUGUCGUUCUUUCUAUCCUGCCGUCGAUUGCUCUUUUGGCAUGUCUUCCUUUACGGAUACAUCACCUUCUUCGACAAGGUCGGAAAGCGCGGCCGAUUCGUAGACAUGACCUCAAGCCCACGACCCUGGGAUGCUUGACCGUCGCGCAAUUCACUUGCCUUGCAGGUUGGAGUACUACAGAUGGACUAAGAUCGGAUGUUGCCAUCGCAGCUGCAAGCUUGGCCAUCGUAGCCGUGAUCGGAAUCUCGAGUCUGUCCAUGAUUGAAUCGGCACGAUCGUUCCGCCCCUCCACUAUUCUAAUCGUGUACCUUCUGAGUACAGUUGCCUUCGAUGCCGUCUUGACAAGAACUUUAUGGCUUACAGGCCAAUCGCUCUUCUUAUGCAUCACGACAUCCGUGGGAGUUAGCAUCAAAUUAGUGCUCUUGGUUCUCGAGUCCCGGUCUAAACGUCAGACGUUGUUCGAACCAUAUCGAUCAUACCCACCGGAAGAACUCUCUGGAAUACUCAGCACAAGCGUCUUCUGGUGGCUGAACCCACUCCUGUGGCUCGGAUCUCGCGCAGCAUUAGACUUGCACGACUUGCACUCUCUGGGGCCUCAACUUAAAUCACGAAGUCUCGGGGUAAAGUUUGAGGUGGCGUGGCAAGGCACAUUAAGGUCACGUACGCAUCGCUUGGCGUGGGCCACGCUUCUGGGACUGUGGUUGCCCAUCCUGGGCGCUGUAAUUCCCAGGCUGUGUCUUACCGCAUUUACCUUUUCUCAACCUUUCCUGAUCGCUCGUAUCAUUGAAUAUGUCGCAAGCUCCUCAUCGGAGAGUCGCGCGUCUGGAUAUGGACUAAUUGGUGCAGCUGCGCUUGUAUAUGGCGGAAUGGCGGUUAGCACAGCUGUAUACAAACACCAGGCAUUCCGCAUGGUGACCAUGAUCCGAGGCGGUCUGAUCACUUUGAUAUAUUCCAAAUCGCUACGGCUGGACGCCACAGCGACCAAGGACGCCAGCGCCGCAACCCUGAUCAGUACUGAUAUUCAGAGCAUUGUGACAGGAUGUACAAACAUACAUGAGUUUUGGGCUGCACCGAUCGAAGUAGCGCUCGCCAUAUACCUCUUGAAGUGUCGGAUAGGAGUCGCCUGCGCUGCACCUGUGGUCAUUGCGAUUAUGAGUGCGCUCGGAAGCGCAAGAAUUGCAACUCUUGUGCACAGGCGUCAGAAGCAAUGGCUUCAGGCCGUGCAAAAUCGCACGACAGCUACUGCUACGCUGCUAACCAAGAUCCGAGGGUUGAGAAUGCUGGGACAGUUGUCUCACAUCGCCAAGCGAAUCCAGCACCUGCGGGAGCAGGAGAUCGUCAAAGCAAAAGCGUUCCUACGUGUAGAUGCUUUAAAAAAUGUCUGCGCGAGUACAUCAACUCUGCUCGCGCCAGUAGCGACUUUGCUCAUUUUCGCCUUUCUGGUUAGCGAUCCUCUUGACGGUGGGUUUACCAGUCCCACAGCGUUCUACGCAUUGAAUUUGAUAGCACUUAUGUCAUCUCCUCUUGCUCUGCUAUUGAACACAUUGCCUGACUUCGCUGCUUCCCUUGCGUGCUUUGAACGCAUUCAAAACUUUCUCGAACGGGAGGAGAGGCAAGAUUAUCGGUUAGCCCCAGAAAUUGGGAGUGCUGUUGGUACAACGGGACUCCCAGGAGAGAGCGUCGAACUUUUGGUUGUUUCGCCUAACAAAAAGGUCAACACUCUUUCGGAGCAUGCAUACACAGCAACCAUCGACGGAGGAUGUUUCGGAUACGACACCGAGGAACGCGCCAUUCUCAAAGAUGUCAACGUUCAUGUUGUUCCAGGCUCAUUCACUGUGGUCAAAGGUCCAGUUGGAUCUGGAAAAUCAACAUUGCUGAAGGCGUUCCUAGCUGAGACCCGAUGCUUCAAAGGGUUCGUCCAACUCCGGGUACCUAGUCCCGCAUACUGCAGUCAGGAAGUAUGGCUAAGAAAUCAGACCCUCCGUGAAAAUAUUCUCGGAAACCAGCAAUACAACGAAAGAUUCUACAACGAUGUCAUCUUUGCGGUUGGCCUCGAGUCUGACUUGGCCGCUUUGUCACUUGGUGAUCGCACGGUCAUAGGAGCGGAUACAUCAACAUUAUCUGGCGGACAAGCUCGGCGUGUAGCGCUCGCGCGUGCGGUCUAUGCCAGACGGCCUUUGCUACUUUUGGAUGAUUGUCUGAACGGUCUUGACAACACGACCAGGGCCAAAGUAAUGCACAGACUCUUUUCUCGAACUGGCCUUUUGAGAAAGCUGGGAGGCACUGUCAUAGCAACCAGUUCCACGGAUGAAUACAACUCGGAACCUGACUUAUUCAUUUUGUUGGACCAGCAUGGUCGCACGCAAAGCCAUCCUAUUCCGAAGACACCUGCAGAUCAUGAACUGAGCAAUUUAAUCGAGCAACCUUGGCGGAUGAACGGCGUACAGAUGCUUGAUCCUUCCGAUGAGUCUUGUCAGAAUGCGGAUGCGGAGGCAUGCCCUGGACAAACGUCGACCGUCUCGCCCGCUACAGAUGACAGAGGCCAGACAGACUCCAAAGGAACAGAUGCGAAUUCACGAGUGUGGAGAUUCUACCUGGGAAGCAUGGGUUGGCAUCAUUGCGCCACAUACCUGGUCCUCAAUGCUUUAUACGUCACUUGUACGCGAUUCUCGCAGGUCUGGGUUGGCGAAUGGGUUAACGCCUCGCAAGAGCGCCCAGGCUACCACACCAACGCUGUGUACGGCGGAUCAUAUGCUGCUAUUCAAAUAGCUGCAGUUCUCUUCUUCGCAACGGUCCUGCUCUUCAUCUUUCAGGUGAUGGUGCCGCGCUCUGCUCAGAAACUUCAUUGGAUCCUGCUACAGACCACUGUCCAGGCGAGACAGCAGCAUCACGACGAGACCGACACAGGUGUGACGCUCAAUCGUUUCAGCCAGGAUUUGACGUUGGUCGACAUAGACCUUCCAUCUCACGCCAUAGAAUUUGUCAUUGAUAUCUUUCUGUGUAUUGGACAAGCAGUCAUCGUCGCUCUAAGUAUCAAAUACAUGGCGGCAUUGCUACCUGCCAUUGUGGCGGUGGUUUAUCCGAUUCAACGAUACUAUCUUCGCACGAGUCGCCAGGUACGUCUGCUCGAUCUCGAAGCCAAAUCGCCAUUGUUCAGCAACAUCCUCGAAACCGCGAGCGGUCUCGAAACGAUUCGCGCGUUUGGCUGGAGCGAUAGAUUCACCGAGCAUCACCACUUCUUGCUAGACCAAUCCCAACGCCCUUUCUACGCAUUAUUCUGUAUUCAGCGGUGGCUAGGUGUUGUUCUUGCACUGAUGGUCGCCGUUGUCGCCGUUUGCUUGGUAGCAUUCGCCACUCAAUUUCGAGAUUUGACCACUGGCAAUGCGAUCGGAGUGGCUCUACUUAAUGUCUUCAGCUUCUCACAGACUCUGACGCUGCUGAUUACCGCUUAUACGUCUCUGGAAAUGGCCCUUGGCGCGAUUGUGCGAAUCAAGAACUACGUGGCUGACGUGAAGCCUGAAGACGAUCCGUCUCAAGAAUUACUGGAUGCCUUACCGGAGCCUAUUGAAGCAACUGCGAUCGAUCUCGACAAUAUCACUAUAUCAUAUGGCCCCAGCGCUACGCCUGCGGUCAGCCAUGUCUCGCUUUCCAUUCCGAGCGGCAUGAAACUCGGCAUUUGCGGACGUUCCGGAAGAAAUGCUAAUGUGAAAAUUCGAUCGCGCAGCGGCAAAUCAUCCCUCCUGAUGGGUCUUCUCCGAAUGGCUCCGAUUACGCAAGGCAAGAUCCAUAUCAAUGGCUUGGACCUCUCCCAACUCAAAAGCGAUGCCGUACGAUCCAUCUUCAACAUAAUCCCACAGUUACCAGUCCUGCAUUCCGGGAGCAUUCGAUCCAAUUUUGAUCCCAGCAGCGCUCACUCCGACGAAACCCUGAAAACCAUCCUCACAGAACUAGGUCUGUGGACCGUCGUGCUCGGCCAGGGCGGACUAGAUGCGGACAUUGAAGCCGCUCCCAUGAGCCAAGGACAAAAACAAUUAUUCUGCAUCGCCAGGAGUUUCUGUAGUAAUGGCAAGAAACGGAUUCUCCUCCUGGAUGAAUCGACGAGCAGUAUGGAUGUGAUCACCGAGCGCACAGCAAUGGAUUUCAUCGCGAAGCGUUUCAGCCAGCAUACGAUUGUCGCCAUAGCGCACAGACUCGAGACAAUCCGCGACUUCGACCGCGUUGCAGUGAUGGAUGCCGGAAAAGUGGUCGAAUAUGAUACACCAGAUGCACUGUCCGGGAAAAUAGAUGGGGCAUUCAGAGCGUUGUGGGAGCAUGAGACCGGUCGUCAGAAUGCGCAGGCAUGA